AUGCUCCCGCUCUCUCUUCCCUUCUACUCAACUCACCCUUCGUCGUUCCUUAUAGGUUUCAUGUGAGUCGCCACCCCCCGCCUCAAGGUAUCUGCCCCACUCGAGCAUGUCUGAUCCCCAUCCUCUUCCGUCUUCUGCCCCUGCUCGAUCGGCCUCCGCUUGCCUCCUGUUUUGCGUUUGAUCCAACAAACCCGCAUCCUUGGCAAUCCGCUUCGCGACGAUCUCGAUACUCCCUCCUCUCCACGCUUCCAUCCUUGCCAUCCAUCCGACCUGACUGCGUCACCAUAUGAUCAUUUUGUUACGCGUCGACACAGCAUGCUUUCCGCUCUCCCCAUCGCGCUCCUCGCGGUCUCGACCCUCGUGUCGGCCGGUAACGUCGUCGUCAACCCCAACAAGCCCCCCGCCCGCACCGAGCCUGGACAAAUUGGGUACGCUCCUCUCCCUCCUUUCGAGGAUUUCUUCCAUCUCCUCCUCGGGGCUGUCGACGCAAUCUUCUGCGUGACGGGGGUCACCUUGCUAGUGCAACACGUCGAAGCGACACGCGCCACCAACGGUUGCGGUGUGCCUAGCCCGGACGCGACCCGAGUCGCUUGCGCACACUUCGCCACUCGUCACUCGCUACUCUGGACCUUUUUCGUCUGCGUGAGAUCAUUGUUAUUUUCGGUGGUCAAGCCAUGCUCGAGUUUCCCAACGAAGCACACUUGAGUGGUGCUCUCGCACCUGGGCGGUGCAACGCGCUGCGGUUGACUGAACCCGACGCGCGUCCACCCACACGCGGCCCUUUAUUUCUGGCUCGGGCUCCGACGACACGACACAUUCGUGCACGAGCAAUCGCCUCGCAGUCAUCACUACAUGCAUGUGGUCGGCGCGAUUACACCUACUGACGAUGCCUCUCUUACUAUAUCCGUUACAGAUACAAUGAUUGCUACAGGAGGAAGGACUCUCCUUCGGCCAAAUGCCAAACCCGUAAGUCACGGGUCGCGACGCUCCGCUCGCACCACAAUCCCGCCGACCGUAACUGAGUGAAAUUAUUUGCCGAUCGCAACAGUGUACAUCAACUCGUUGACGGACUUCUGCCUGUGGGCUCCCCACAAGAAGUCGACGGUCGGUGACGCCGAGGCUACCGUUGUUUCGUACUGCACCGCCGCCGGUCACGGAUCGCGUCUCAUGCCCAAGGGUACAAUCAAGGGUGCCCACUACAUCCGCACGCCCCACUACAUCCAGAUCACCGGUGUCGGAGAUUUCACCAAGAUCAACAUCCCCAAGGGUGACGAGGUGAGUACCCGCAUGCGAAUCUUGGCUCCAAAGGAAGAGUAUAACAAGGACUAACGAAGCCCCUCUUUCACUCGCUCGCGCUCAGGGUGGAGAGCUCGACCCCCACGGCGCUGACGGUACUGGUAACCCCAAGGGUGGCAUAGUCAUUGCCAACGUCGACGGUCGCAAAGUUCAGAUCCAGGAGUGGACCGAGUUCAUCGCCUACAAUGAGUUCUGCAUCCGUGCCUGCCUGCCCGGCAAGGACGCCAAGCGCUGGUGCGAGCACAUCUACGACGUCAUGGGUUGCUUCUGGUCAGUAGCUUAGUGUACUCUUGCGGAUCUACGGUUCAAGUGGCUGACAAGUGCGCCUGUCAUCCGCCGUCAUCUCGUGUGCAGGAACGAGCCCGGAAACUACAAGUCUGGCUCGUUCGAUACUUGCGCGGCCGACGACACGAUCCUUCCCAUGGGCGAGUGUGAGUAGUCAUCUUUUCGAUGGCCCUGCUAGACCAGCGCGAACCACUGGGUAUUGACCCAUCUAUUAUCGCUUGUGGCUGUAGACUACGUCAAGGGCAAGAACGGGAAAAAGUCCGUUUCGACUUUCCACCAGGGCCAAGCCAAGACCCCCGGCCCCCACCCGGCGGGCAAAUCGAGCAAGUGCAAGGCCAUCAAGACCAUCUCGCCCGCCAGCUAUCGUACGUUCCCUUCCUCAGCGAGCCGCCUCACGCACCGAUGCUGACCUUCUACCUUUCACCUGCCUCUACAGCCAAGUAA